ACACAAAUAGUCCGAGUACUUUACACUCACUUCGUUUUACACGCGUUAAGUGUUAAUUCGGUGGUAACACGUAAGUUACAUUCGGACGCGUACGUUACACGCAAAUUCGACAGCGUUCGUUACACGCAAAUCCGGCCGCGUACGUUACACGCAAAACUUCAACAUCUUCAGUUUAUGGUGCGCUAAGACGUUACAUCUCACUUUAAAAUGAUUCUUAUACUUUUGGGAUCACUUUGCUUACUCGACUCAACGCUAGCAAUGUCCUUUCUUCAUCCAUCCUUAACAGGCUUUGACUGCACAGAAAAUCCAAGUAGUGUGGUUGAAAUUUCUUUAAACGAGGUAAAAGAAUGCAAAAAAUCUUACGGAGGACCAAUCAAUAAAACCGUGGAAAUACAAAUAGUUCAACAAAAUGAAGACAUCGAACUGAACACUAUUUCAUGUAAAAUUCUUGUGGAACGUUUUGUCUCAAAAUGUAGUACCUUUAAUGACAUGCAGGCAGUCCCAAAUUCUUUUGCUUCCUUUUAUGCCGAUAUGACCCUUGAAAAAUGUAAAUACAUUAUAGAAACCCAAACUUAUAGUGAUUAUGGGACAAUGAACUCUCUAAUAGUCAACGGUGUCACGUCUAGACCUGUGCUUUUAGCAGGGUCCAUUGAAGGCACAAGUGAUUGCACAGGAGGAUAUUAUUCAGAUCAAUUUGGAACUUAUUCAAACGUAGUUGUAAAUGCAAACAUCGAAAUUACCUUAUAUAAAUCUCUAGCUAAAUUCAAUUCUAAGACAGACGAAAUUUACCUACCCACUGGCACAAAAUGUGUCUUUUCAAAAGGAACUUGUUUUGAUACAAUCCGCGGACCAACUUUUUGGGACAUUAGUCUCCAACAAGACCACUGCUCUUCUUCAUUUUACACUGUCCUUUAUGAGGGUAAAGCUGUCACUCUUACAACUCAAAAUCAUGAUUCCCCAACAAUUUAUUUAGUGAAUUCAGAUAAACAUGCAUUCAGUUUAAAAGCAUUAAAGAAAACUCGUGUUUGCCUUUAUGAAGCCUUUACCACAGAACACAAUAGAUUUUUCAUUUUAGAAAAAUCCGAAUUUGGCUACCCAUUUGUAAAAAAUUCAAAUCAGAUAAUUUCAGCAGAUCUACUUACAUACGUUAAUUUCAAAUUUCAAUUUCUCGAGUCGCAUUUAGCUUCCUCGCUGUACGCAUUGCAUGAUAGUUUGAUAGCCCUUAGUUGUAAACAAGACAGGCAAAUUUUGGAACAUGAGAUUAUGAUGGCAAUAAGUAAUCCAGAAGGCUUUGCCUUUUUAAGAGGCGGCGGCGCCGGUUAUUAUAGCGUUACUUCAGGAGAAGUUGCAUACCUCAUUAAAUGUACCCCUGUCCCUGUUUUAUUACGGUCGACAGACCAUUGUUACACUGAAAUCCCAGUCUUUUAUAACAAUGUCUCCAUGUUUCUUACUCCUAGAACUAGAAUACUAAAGCAAAUGGGCACCAUCCAAGACUGUUCACACCAAACUCCAGUAAAAUUCCAGAUUAAUGGUGUCUGGGUAGCAGCUACUCCCCAUUUUAUAGAAACGAAAGAGCCUUCACUCUUAGAAGCCACUCCAUUCAUUAACUGGACUUAUGAAUCCCCUAAAAAUAUGUUUGAUGCUGGAAUUUUCACCAGAGAAGAUUUAGAAACAUUUCAGAGACGAAUUUCUUUUCCUUUAGAAAGUCAAGCAGCAACCUCCUCAAUCAUCAGACAAGCCAUGGGCCUCCCCCAACCACACCAAAUUCAUUAUGAAAAUUUCCUUACACAAGCCUCUCUUGAUACAAUCAUUCAAAAGACAACUAGAAAAAUCUGGGGAAUUUUCACAGAUUUUGGAGUUGUUACUUCAGGCUUUCUUGGAAUAUUCUGCGUAGGAAAAUUUAUAAAAGCCCUAUUUGAUGUAUUUUUCGUAGGCAAAAUGCUCCAUGAAAUUUUUGGCUAUAGUUGGCAAAUGUUCGCAUGCUGUUGCGACAGUUUGUCACAUUAUCUAGUUCAUGAUCACCACAGAAAAUUCAAAACACGCAAAAAUUCCACAACAAUUUCUUGCCCACCUUAUGAAUUACAAACCCAAGAGCCAUUCAACUCCAUCACAUUUGAUUCUCCAGUCCAUAAACAAACAGAAAACCUAAUAUCAGAAUCGCCAACACUCUAUUCAAAGUUUGUCUGCAAACCCACAAAUGUAUAAUAAUCCCCCGUCCCUUUUCCCUUU